GAAAUCACAAUCAACUUGGUACCCAACCGAGCUGCCCUGGCUGCCUUGGCCUGGCGGAACCCUGGCUCCGAGUCAUGUCUCGCAAGGUGUUUUGUUCCGAGACUGACGCCUCCGGGAUGAGCUGACGAUACUUGUGGGUACUAGCCACGGCUCCGGGCGCGCUGAAGCAAGACACAAAACUUCUAUGAAAUCCACGGGGGGCGCAGGCCGGUAUGUCACUUGGCCCCCCGUACCGUUGGUGGCUCCUGGAUAAGUCAUCUCCAGGCCCCAUGUCUCCUACAUAGAGUCCCCACGAGCCUGCAUUUCCCAGUCCCGUGAAGUCCAGUCCAGCACAGCCCAGCUCGAUCGAUGUUCGUCCUUUAGCCGCUUGCGACAUAUCUGCAUCCGUCCGUUGGCCACAAUGCUUUCAACACGUGCAAGUUUCAAGGACGAUGUGGUGCUGGUAGAUCCCACGAAGGAGGUCAACGCGGGGCUAUGGACUCUCUUCGCAGCGACAACCCUCUUCCUGGCUGCCCGCCUGUGGUGCAAGAUCACUCGGAGACACGGCCUGUGGUGGGAUGACCAUAUACUCAUCUUCUCCUGGCUGAUAGUAAUCUUCAACGACGUCCUGAUCACCGUCGAGUUCGCGACCGGAUAUGUCACCAAGGGGGAGUGGGACGACCGCAUGCACAUCCUCAUCAACAUAUCAUCGUGUGGGACUCUCGUUGGUCAAGCCAUAUCCAAGACAGCAUUCGCCGUCUCUCUGCUUCGCAUGACCGAACGAUGGCAACAAUACUGCCUGUGGUUCAUCAUCGUCACGAUGAACUCAUACAUGUUCAUCAAGGUCAUCUUUCAGUGGGCUAGGCAGUGCAAUGACACCGACUACGAUGUGUGGUACCGACCGCACUACUGCGUCGACUCUAAAUUCCUUGACAAAUUCAAGGAGGGUGGAAACAUCUAUAAUAUUCUGAUGGAUUUUGUACUUGCACUCUUUCCGUGGGCCAUUACUCGAAAGCUGCGCAUGCGGAAAUAUGAGAAAGUUGGUCUUGCUCUGACGAUGAGCCUAGGAAUGCUUGUUGCCAUCAUGUCUGCCGUUCGGACGUGGUGGGUGGGACGAGACGUCUACGGAGACAAGGACGCGUUCUACUUCUGGCGAAGAGGCACGUCCAUGAUAUGGUUCUCGGCUGAGAUUACCGGAACUAUCAUUGUGCAAUGCAUUCCUGUCUUGCGGCCAUUCCUACAGGAAGUUCACGCUGCGAUAUCUUCCAAGACAUUCACAUUCGCCCGCUCGUCACAAAACGCGAAGACGACCCUAUCACAAAACAAAUUUGACCCUAGCGCCGGGACAUACUCAGUGACAGUAACGACCGUCACCGCGGAGAAGUCUGCUGCACAAAAGGGCGAGAGCUACGUACCUCGUGGCCAGGUCUCCCAGGAAUUCGAUUUUGAACUGCAGCCUUCAACACGAGGCCCUCCCGUAUCACGAGACACGUCGGAUGAGUUCGAACUACCCAUCCAGGACACGAAUUCGAGUAAAAAUUGGAGCCCUGUGAAUACCCGAAAGUGAGGGGUAUUAAUCAUGGAGUCAACGUCGCGACAGACGUUGCGCGCCCAGAGCCAGCACCCCCAAGGUCGGGAGUUGCUCUUAUCGAAGGGCUUUAAUCCCUUGGAAUUAUACAUGUAUAUUACUCAGCGUGUACUAGCGUGUAUUUCAUAAUGUGAUGAUUUAUUACUCCA